GAAAAAGAAAAGGAAAAAAAGAAAGGAAAGAAAGAGAGAGAGGCGAGGAAGGAUGAGAGAGGAGAGGAGAGAGAUGCCCUUGUUGCCUUCUUCCUGUAGAGAAACAUUCCUGUAGAGACAGACAACGAGUUUAGGUAUAAACCUCCAGAUCACAGGAGGGAGAACAGAGGAAAUCAAAUCGAUCAAAAAGGAAAGGGAUAGGGAGACGAGAGAGAGGAGGAGAAGGAGUGGCCAAGAGUUCUUGUGUGGAGUGGCUUUCUCUCCCUUGGGCCGGCAGCCAUGGCCAAGCAGCAGCGGGUGUACCAAGUCUGGAAAGGCAACAACAUAAUCUUGUGUGCUGGAAGGUGUAUCUUUGGACCAGAUGCCAAGGCCACUCUGCUAUCGUUCUCUCUAAUCGCAAUCCCGGUUGCUGUCUUCUGCUACUUCGUGGCGAGGCAUCUCGUACACAUCUUUCCUGCAUAUAAUGCAGGGUAUGCAAUUCUCGCUGUCACCGUAGCCCUCUCAAUUUAUGUACUGUUACUGCUCUUCUUGACCUCAUCUCAAGAUCCAGGUAUUGUACCACGGAAUUCACAUCCGCCUGUGGAAGAGUUUUCUCGUGAUACUUCAGCUCCUCACACUCUUCAAUUUCCACGGGUAAAGGAGGUUUUGGUCAAUGAUGUUCCUGUGAAAGUAAAAUACUGUGAUACUUGCAUGAUAUAUCGUCCUCCUCGCUGCUCCCACUGUUCCAAAUGUGAUAACUGUGUUCAGCGCUUUGAUCACCACUGCCCUUGGGUUGGCCAAUGUAUUGGACAGCGCAAUUACCGCUACUUCUUCUGUUUUGUUUCUUCAACAGCAAUCCUGUGUAUCUACAUAUUUUCAAUGUGUGCAUUAUACAUCAAGCUUCUCAUGGAUAGGAAUCAUCAUUCAGUGAUAAAGGCAAUUAAAGAAUCUCCAGCAUCAGUGGCAAUUAUGGCAUAUUGUUUCAUUUGUUUCUGGUUCGUUGGUGGUCUUACAGGGUUCCAUUCUUACCUCAUCGCAACAAAUAAGACAACAUAUGAGAACCUUAAGUACAAGUACAACAACCAACCCAACGUGUUUGACCGUGGUUGCAUGAACAACUGUUGUGAAGUCUUGUGCACCAAAAGAGCGCUUUCAAGGAUCAAGCUGAGAGCAAUUGUUCAAGAGGGCCAUGGGGUAGCACAACCACGAGUCAGCCGUUCCAACAUACCAGAAGUUGAGGCACCCCACCGUCCACGAGCCAAAGUCGAAGAUGAUAUUGAGAUGGGCCUCGACAUACUCAAGACCUCACAACGUCGGUCAGAUGAACUGAGUGAUGAAGACUUGAGAGCUGAAAGCAAUGGUCUGAAACCUCGCAGAGCCGACUGCUCACCUAGUUUAGACAAUGAGAUCCCUAUUACCAGAACUAAGAUUGAGAGUUCGAGUGAAGUUAUGGAUCUGGACAUCUUGCCAACUGGCAAUGCUGCACUCCCUUCAUCUCCCGAGCAGAAACAACAUCCUGAUGUACUUUGUUGACAGUGUGAUGAAUGUGCUUGUGCAAAGUAAAAUUGUUUUCAUGGAUGUCCAUAUUGCUUACACCCAACAACUUGUUAUUCAUCAGGUGUAUAAAUGGAGUCCGGAUGCCAUUUGACGUAUGUUCA